AUGGCAAACAAAGCCUCCAAAUCCCUCGCCCGCGCCAACGCCAGCGCCCUCACACGCACACACACCAUCACCGCCUCCCUGCAUGCCCUCUUCAUCCUCUACCGCCUCCUCUUCCGCCACGGCUCCUGGGCCAAGUACCUCAUCCUCACGCUGCCCAGCCUCGUCAUCGAGUACUACCUCGAGCGCCUCGGGCGCCCCACCUACACGCCCACGGGCGAGCUGCGCGGCCCCGGCGAGGACAUGGAGGCCAAGGGCGUCACAGAGUACCUCUGGGACGUGGUGUACGCCACGUGGGUCGUCCUCGGCCUCGUGGGCGUUGCGGGGGAGUGGGCGUGGUGGCUGUGGGCGAUUGUGCCGGCGUACGCCGGAUACCUGGCCGUCUCGACGUACAACGGCAUGAGGAACGGGAUGAUGCCUGGGAUGCCCGCGGCGCCCGAGGGCCCGCCCAGCGCGCCGGCGGCGGCGGCGGCGGCGGGGAUGAGUAAUCGCCAGAAGAAGUCGGAGAAGCGCGGGGGGCAGAAGAUUAGGUACCAGUAA